CUGCGGAGGGGCCGGAUUCUAGGAGGAACCAAUGAAAACCCUCACUCGGCCUCCGCUCCUCCCUCUUCUUGCUGAGGUCAAAGGCCUGCGUCAGUUGCACUGCAACCUCGGCAGUGAACCGGGAGGUACUACCAGGUCGCCGCCGUUGCUCCGCUCGCUCAGAGAGAGCAUGGCCCUGAGAGGCGUCUCUGUGCGGCUGCUGAGCCGCGGACCCGGCCUGCAUGUCCUUCGCACGUGGGUCUCGUCGGCUGCGCAGACCGAGAAAGGCGGGAGGACACAGGGCCAACUGGCCAAGUCCUCGCGUCCCCAGUUUGACUGGCAGGACCCGCUGGUGCUGGAGGAGCAGCUGACCACAGAUGAGAUCCUCAUCAGGGACACCUUCCGCACCUACUGCCAGGAGAAACUCAUGCCUCGCAUCCUGUUGGCCAAUCGCAACGAAGUUUUUCAUCGGGAGAUCAUUUCGGAGAUGGGGGAGUUGGGUGUGCUGGGCCCCACCAUCAAAGGAUAUGGCUGUGCUGGGGUUUCGUCUGUGGCGUAUGGGCUCCUGGCCCGAGAGCUGGAGCGGGUGGACAGUGGCUACAGGUCGGCGAUGAGUGUCCAGUCCUCCCUCGUCAUGCACCCUAUCUAUGCCUAUGGCAGCGAGGAACAGCGGCAGAAGUACCUGCCCCGGCUGGCUAAGGGGGAGCUGCUGGGAUGCUUUGGGCUCACAGAGCCCAACAGCGGAAGUGACCCUAGCAGCAUGGAGACCAGAGCCCGCUACAACUCAUCCAACAAGAGCUACACCCUCAAUGGGACCAAGACCUGGAUCACGAACUCGCCUAUGGCUGAUCUGUUUGUAGUGUGGGCUCGGUGUGAAGAUGGCUGCAUUCGGGGCUUCCUGCUGGAGAAGGGGAUGCGGGGUCUCUCGGCCCCCCGGAUCCAGGGCAAGUUCUCGCUGCGGGCCUCAGCCACAGGCAUGAUCAUCAUGGACGGUGUGGAGGUGCCAGAGGAGAACGUGCUCCCUGGUGCAUCCAGCCUGGGGGGUCCCUUCGGCUGCCUGAACAACGCCCGGUACGGCAUCGCGUGGGGCGUGCUUGGAGCUUCGGAGUUCUGCUUGCACACAGCCCGGCAGUACACCCUCGACAGGAUGCAGUUUGGUGUCCCGCUGGCCAGGAACCAGCUGAUUCAGAAGAAGCUGGCAGACAUGCUCACUGAAAUUACCCUGGGCCUUCACGCCUGCCUGCAGCUUGGCCGCUUGAAGGACCAGGACAAGGCUGCCCCCGAGAUGGUCUCUCUGCUGAAGAGGAAUAACUGCGGGAAAGCCCUGGACAUCGCCCGCCAGGCCCGAGACAUGCUGGGGGGGAAUGGGAUUUCUGACGAGUAUCACGUGAUCCGGCACGCCAUGAACCUGGAGGCCGUGAACACCUACGAAGGUACACAUGACAUUCACGCCCUGAUCCUUGGGAGAGCUAUCACGGGAAUCCAGGCGUUCACGGCCAGCAAAGCUGCUCAUACAACAGUGGGACAUGACAACGGUUUGGCUUCCCAGCUCAGACACACCAUGUUAUAGGGGACCACAAACAAGAUGGUGAGUGCACCAAGGGCUUUGCAGGGACUGUGGCCUGGCGGGGUCAGGGCUGGGUGCCUGGUUUCUGUUCACAUUUACUCUUGGCUGGGCCAUCCCUGUCCUCUUCCUCAGGCAGCACCCCCCGUGUGAGUUUACUCAUACCUCAGGCUGGAGACACAGGUCUUUGUACACAGUCUCCACACUGUGGCAGACUUGUUUGAGCUCUGUCUCCAAAUGGCUGAUCUUUGCCAUUUUCUGGGUGAACUCUUGGAGCUUUUCCUGGAUGAUCUUGUUAUGGUCAUUAUAAAUCUGAUAGAUCCUCUCCUCUAAUUUCUCUGUCAGAUCCGAAACCUGUUAAAGAAUAAGAUGUGUUCUUGGAAAAUCAAACAAGAGGUAUCACAAGACAUCUGUGUUAAGUGGGUUUCUUAGAUUUCUGCAAUUUAUCUUAUGAAAAUGACAAAAUAGGCUGGGCACGGUGGCUCACGCCUGUAAUCCCAGCACUUUGGGAGGCAGAGGCGGGUGGGUCACUUCAGGUCAGGAGUUUAAGACCAGCCUGGCCAACAUGGUGAAACCCCAUCUCUACUAAAAAUACAAAAAUUAGCCGGGCAUGGUGGCACAUGCCUGUAAUCCCAGCUACUUGGGAGGCUGAGGCAGGAGAAUCACUUGAACCCAGGAGGAGGAGGUUGCAGUGAGCCAAGAUUGCACCACCGCACUCCAGCCUGGACGACAGAGUGAGACUCCAUCUCAAAAAAACAAAAAAAAAUAGAAAAUGGCAAAAUAGGCCAGGCAUGGUGGCUCAUGCCUGUAAUCCAGCACUUUGGUAGGCCAAGGUGGGUGGAUGGAUUACUUGAGGCCAGGAGUUCAAGACCAACCUGGCCAACAUGGUGAAAACCCAUCUCUAUUAAAAAUAUAAAAGCUAG